AUGACGAGCUCAUCCCCUCGCUCAUUCACCUUCUCCGCUUCAAGCGGAACACCCACCCCCACAACCCCAACCUUCGACAUCUACUCUUACUCAAAUGCAUCCUCAUACUACGAGAUCAUGCGCCAGUGGGACGACGAUGGCAUCUCCACCUGGCUCUACGACAAUAAAAUGGCCCACUACGACAACCUCUUUGUCGGAGCGGCGUUGCUGGAACUGGAUCAUUAUGCACUCAAGGAGAUGGGCAUCUCGUCGCUGGCCGACAGGAUCAGGAUACUUGCUGCUGUCAAGACCUUGCGCAUUCGUUGUCUUGUGGUGCAUCCUUUGAGUAAUGGUGGUGGUAGUAAUGGGUACAGUCAUUACCAGGGCAGCUCCAACAAGGAAAAACUGGAGGUACCUUCGAUCACAAAGAAGGAAUCGCACGGACUAGGACUCGGCGGAGAGGGCUCGUUGCUAAAGUCGCUCAAACGCUCAGGGUCUUCCAAAGCUUUAAACCUGAAACGCUCAAACUCCAAGGCCCUCGGUCGCUCCAAUUCCAAGAAGCAGACCAACUUUGAAGAACCCACCUCGCCCAGAACACCGAAAUGUAUCAGGGUGUUCGAUGAUGGUGGACAGUCAAGGAUUGUUAAUGUGCACGACGUGAUGGAUGCGGGCGUAAUCUAUACCCGAGUCUUGCACAAGUUCAACAUCACCGACGACAUGGAAAAGUACUCCAUGUUUACCCUUGGAGAGACUGGUGAUGCACGGAGCUUGGCUGAUGAGGAGUUGCUUAAUAUUUGCAAGAGUCUGGAUCGACCAGAGAAGGAACGACUCAUACUGCGCAAGAAGCACCUGCCUGUGAGCCACGACGUGUUGAAGAGACGCGGCACAUCCAAGAGGUCGGGACGAGGCGACACUGACCUCGCAUCACCGACUGCCAAUUCGUUCAAGGAAUCGUCCUCGCGCAUGCAGACCUUCUUCGGACAGCGACCCCCAGAUGAGAUUAUUGAGAGCAACUUGCAAGAGUACUUCCCUGGACAUCGCAAGGAGCUUUUGCGAGAGGUCAGCAAUGUGCGCAACUCGCUCUUUUUCAGAAACUCCCAGUACAUGAACAGGAGCUCUUAUAUACCCCGACAUUCAUACUUGAUCGAGCCUGGCCAGGCGGAUGUCCUUUCCCAGUCUUUGGCCCACUUGUCCCUACAGGAAGCUGAUGAGACUGAUGAUACCGAAGAUGUCGAAACCGCUGCCCCAACCUCUCACUCUAGCCCUUCACUGAACCAGGUCUAUGGACAGCAAUCGCCAGGACAGUCUACAGUGGUGGAGUCAUCGAGACCGAACGACAAACAGGAGCUAGAUGAGGAGGAGGAGGAGGAGGAGGUGGUGGUGGUGGAAGAGGAAGAGAAAACGCGCCAUUCCGAGGAAUCGUCCACCAAGGAUGGAUAUGGUGCAAGUAUACCCGGCGUGAUUAUCUCUGAGCACUUGGAGACAACAGAGGUCAAGCGUCGCGAACCAGCGACGAUCCAGCGGUCUUCGAGUAUCAAGAGUCAGGAGAGCGCCAUUUCUAACGCAUCAAGCGGGUCGACCUCAGAGGCCGGUGCCAGCACGUCUUCGGGCUUUCCUUCGAAGCGAGAUACUGCUGCACGGAUGUCGCGGAUAUCGUUGGCCAGUCAAAAGUACCACAACUCUGCAUGGAACCGUUCUUCUGGAUCGAUUGCGUCGUUGGCUUCAAUCUCACCCCGGGUGCAGAGCAACUCCACGGCCGAGCUCAUUCCACGACCCCGACAGCCGAGUGGAAACAAACAGCGCGGGGCCUCUGAGGGUGGUGCGAAGAGUGAGAACAAUGUCAUUCCAUUGGAGAACGAUUACUCAUGGUGGAUCCGAGGAAAGUUUAUUGGAGCAGGAUCGUUUGCCCGUGUCUCGCUCGGAUGGCAUAGACAGCACGGCACGUUCAUGGCGGUCAAGCAAGUGGAAAUGUCGGUGAGCAACUCGCAAAAGGAGGACAAGCAAAAGAUGCUGGUUGAGGCAUUGGAGCGGGAGAUUGAUCUGUUGAAGCAGCUGCAUCACGAGAGGAUUGUGCAAUACAUUGGAUCGGACAUUGAGAAGGGCCACAUCAACAUUUUCCUGGAGUAUGUUCCCGGAGGCUCGAUUGCGACACUGUUGGCGAACUAUGGCCCGUUCUCGGAGGUGCUUGUGCGGUCGUUUGUGAAGCAGAUUCUGGAGGGACUGGAUUAUCUGCACGAGUGUGAUAUUAUCCAUCGGGACAUCAAGGGUGCCAACAUUCUUGUCGACAACAAAGGCUGCAUCAAGAUUUCCGAUUUUGGUAUCUCCAAGAAGGUCGAAGAGCACCUAAAGUCGAUCCAGGUCAAGUCAAGCCGACCAUCGUUGCAGGGGUCGACAUUCUGGAUGGCACCCGAGGUGGUCAAGCAGAUCGAAACGACCUACAAGGCCGAUAUUUGGAGUUUGGGCUGUUUGGUCGUCGAGAUGUUUACAGGCACUCACCCGUUCCCCCAGUUCUCGCAGAUGCAGGCUCUCUUCCAAAUCGGCUCCAACUGCACCCCCGACGUCCCCGACGACAUUUCCGACGACGCCAAGGAUUUCCUCAAGAUGGCCUUCGAAGUAGAUUACCAUAUCCGACCAUCGGCGAGGAUCUUACUGGGUCAUUUGUUCAUCCAGCAGCUUUCGUAA